AUGGACUAUUUUGACCAGAAUUGCUAUGUAUUUGUUUUAGAUGCUCUGCUCAGAGAACGACUUAAAGAUGUUGGAAUACUCCUUGGCCCUCGCAAGAAAAUUAUGAACUGUGUGAAGAAAUUGAAGCACUCUAGAACCAGAAGUGGACAUGCAGCCCAAAAUCAGACACACUCCCCAAGUCUUGGGAUGAGAAACGCUCAUGAUCAUCAGACCCCCACCACUAGUGCAGUUGAUUAUCAGCAUUUUGAUGUUGGCAUUGGACAAGUAUCCAUCGAUUAUCCUCAGUUAGCCUUUCAUCCGCAGGCGUUCUUUGCCAUGGGUUCACCCAUAGGACUGUUUUUAACUGUCAGAGGUCUGAAGAGGAUGGAUCCUAAUUACAGCUUCCCAACCUGCAAGAGUUUCUACAACAUCUUCCAUCCAUUUGACCCAGUGGCGUAUCAAAUCGAGCCCAUGAUUUUGCCACAAGACAUGGACUUGCCACCCAUGUUGAUACCCCAUCAUAAAGGCAGAUAAAGAACUCAAAGAAGGUUUGACUCGGGUCAGUUCUGAUUUAUUGGGACCCCUCCGAAUGGUUUGGCAGAGCAUUUCUCGGGUCCCUUCGCCAGCGCUCGCAGAGGGUGGAAUCAGCUCCAUGACCCCUACAGAUGAAGUAGAAGAUAUCUCUCUCUUCAACUCAAUUUAUUUAUAAAACCCAUCUCCGAUUUUGAAUGUUCCCUCUCAAAUUUGAAUAUUUGUGGUGCAGUUCCACCAAUUGUGCAGAAGGAAAGAAACUUAGCCAAGUUGGGGAUGUUGAAUUGUGGGCAAUGUAUUGACUUUGUCCUUCAGGAGACGUCGAUUGAAAGUUUCAAUAAGUAGCUGUUUGCAAUACAGAGCCAUUUGUGCUGGUAAAUGAAAAUCUCAUGAAACUUAUGUAUAUAUUUGUAGUGUAUUGUUUAUAUGCUCUGAAAUUUGUAUUUCUUCCUGUUUUGUGUGCAGGGAGUCAAAAGAUACAGCUCUGUUGGUUCUAAGAGAGAUUUAUGGAAAUAUUCCAGUGAGAAGUGCUCUAUCAUAAAUUUUAUAUAACUUUUGUAUAGUACAACAACCUUUAAAGCCAGUCCAGUCCACAGUGAGUCAAUUGGCUUCACACAUUUUAACCAGUCAGCCAAUAAAUAACCUAAAAAAAUGAACUUAAAGUGGAAUCCUAACUGAACUUUAGCCAUGUAUUGUUGCAAUAAUCUCAAGGCUGGCUUAACAUUGGAUACGAACAAUACCCUUUUGUGCAAUAAUGUGCACUGUAAAAGAAACUGGCAUUUAAUGUGUUAGGUUCGUGUUUUUUAGUGUAUCCAAAUUCGACUAAGUUGAUUGACAUUCUUCAGAUACCAACACUGUUCCUUUAAGGCAGAAUGCAGAUCAUAGUCACCGGGAAGUUCGUUCACUUCCCAUUUAUCCGUCUGGAAUAGUGCGCCACACAUUACAAAACAUCCCCUUUCCAUACAGAGUCAUGAACUGCCCUCCCUUCCUCCUCCAGGAAUUCCACACAGCCAAUGAACACAACAGCAGUCCUGCAGUAAGGAUUUACGAGACUUUCAGUCCUUCUCUUUAAAUGUAGACGUUCAAAGGAUAUUCAAACUAUUUAUUAAGACUUGAUAAAAAAAAAAAAAAAAGAAGCUGAUGAAGAUCCCCAGCCUUUGAAAAAAAAAAACAA